AUGGAGAUCUUUCAACAUACUCUCUUGUACCUCGAUAUUGAAACAUUGGUCAAUGUUCGCCGCUGCUCUCAGCAUUGCAGAUUAGCAGUCACUUCCACUCUAGAGUGGAAGGAGGUAAUUGAAAAUGCACCAGACGCAUUACGCGCCAUUUUAAGCACCGAAAUGGGUUCUCAUAUUACGCUGCUCAAGUUACAUCAGGCCCUAACAAACCCUGAAUGCGAAUUUUGUGUUGAGAAUUCAAACGGUCCUGAAUAUCUGGAUGACGAGAAAGUCCUUGGUGGUUUCUUAUCACUUCUCGAAGGAAAGCGCGCUUGCGCCUAUUGUCUCCGCAAUGAUGUUUCUCUUAGAACUGUCCAUUAUAUCGAUCUAGUCCGACUCCAGUUACGCCCCGAUACUGCAGUAAGUUUUCGAUUCGACAAGGUAUACCCAAAAUUACGAACGAUCCCAGGAUGGUACGGCCACAAAAGAUACAAGAUGGCGGAGCGUCUGGUUCUCGUCCCCUUGAGCAGCAUCGAAAUGAUCACCGGAAAACCACUCAACGCCUGCGAUACAAGCGUGUUGCAGCACUCACCACAUGAAGUCCCCAUUCCUCGUCAUCCAUACGAAGAGCGUGGUCGCAUGAAUAAACAGCUCGGUCCCCACAAUGGAUAUAUUGGAUUCGAACGCAACGAAGAUGUAGCCCGACGCUACAUGACCGCUAUCGAAUUUUCCUUCUUCGGCAAAACCAAAAUUUAUCCCAACCACAAAAGCCGCGCCACUUUUCACCGCUGCGUAGAAUGUUUGUUGCAAGAACGCUACCACGGAAUGCAAUUUCUCGAAUCAUUUCAGCAGGGUGAUGCCGAUGAAGUAAUCAUAGCCUGUGCGGGAAAUAUCUAUAAGCGAGAGACGAGACAGUGGCUUAAUGAUGUUAAAGCCGAGAAGAGACAUGCGAGGAGGUUUCACGAGGUGAUUGAAGAAGACGAACGAGAUUGGAGAGUAGGUAUAGAUGCGCCAGUCUUCAAUUUGAAGGAUCCCGAGACUUGGAAGAUAUUAAGAUUGCACGGCUAUGGUGAGGUUACUCCAAAUCCUUAA